AUGGAGGAGCCAGGGGUGAAGGGGCUCGCAGGGCCCAAUAGAAGAGGCCGUGAUAAACAAUAUAGCCCAAUACCCAACAAAUUUGACAAUCCACUUGCCUUUAUUACUAAUGGGCCCGCAGCCCAGUGGGGGUGCGGAAAGAAGAAGUUGGGUGUGGUGGGGAAGGGACAAGAACUGAAGAAUUCUACACCUGAGAACUUUGCAAGUAUGGCUUCACAAGUCAAAUUCUCAUUCUUCAUGGCCAUUUUCAUCGUUUUGGCUACAGUUGUAGCUGCUCAUGAUGGUCAUCAUCACAUGGCUCCUGCACAACCACCUUCUAGUCAUGCAAGCAGCAGCUUCAGCAACCAUCAUGCAGUGAUCGCUGGAAUCUUUCCUCUUCUGCUUACUCUUCUCAUUGCCAGAGAGAGACCUUGA